UUGAUUCGUAACGGAAGUUUACAGUUCAUACGACAUCGUUAUUGGAUUGAAUAGUUCAAUUUAACAGGUUACCUCCCUUGCAUGGUAUUAUUUUCCCGCCAAAAAUCUAGGAUGACUUCAUCUCCCUCGAAAGACACGUUUCCUCUGAUGGCCACCAACGUCAAACUGUGCCAGCUUUGUGGGCUCUGGGGUGACAUAGCCUACCGUUCCCAUGUCUGGAGAGCCGUUCUGUUCUCAUUUUGUUUGAUUUUUUGGUACCUGGUGCCAAGCUUCAUGUUCAUGAUCAGCGAAGAGCCGUCCUUCAUAGUGUUGAUGAAACCGAUUCUGGAGCUUUUUGCCAUCACGAUGUUUGUUCUUAGAAUUUCGAAUCACGUUUUGUGUCGGGAGACGCUGUAUGAGUGUUACCGUGACCUGCAGCAAGCCUAUGAUCAGUUUGCGGGGAAUCUGCAUGAAGAUGUCGGAAGUAUCGUGCGCCACGUCCGACGUUCGGCGGAAUUACUGACGAAAAUUUACUUUUCAAUGGUAUAUUUUCAAGCGGCAACUUAUGGCGUGGUACCAGCAAUCACUACAAUCGUUAGAUAUUCGUUCGGAAAUGAAGCAGUUGAACUGCCAUCUACCGUACUGGAAGCUGAUUUCGUCGUUUUCGAUCACAAGGCAAAUUUUUGGACCUGGCUGCCGACGAUGAUGACAUCGAUUGCCGUCCAGUACGGAAUGCUUACAUUUAUGUCGUCGAAUGAGUGUCUCUUCUGGAAUAUGUUGCAUCAUGUGUCCUGCUUGUACAAAAUAGUUUACCAGGAGAUUGGUCGUCUUAACGAGUACAAAAAUCCAGAUGAGUUCAAACGACAGCUUGCCAUCAUUGUUGAAGUCCACGAAGUGUGCUUCAGAACUUCUCGUCGAUUGGAAAGUGUGCUAAGCCCAGCGAUGGCUUUAUUGUAUUUUUCAUGCAUAUUUCAAACUUGUUACGUCAUGUUAGUCGUUAGUGUGAUCGAUGACCUAUUUUUGUUAGCCUCAAUGGCAUUUAUCCUGCAAUACACUGUAUUUUUGAUAUUUUCAUUUUCAAUGCUGGGAACCGAGUUGAUGGAUGCGAGUUCAUUAAUUUCCGAGGCCAUUUACAACACCAAAUGGUACGAAUGGGCUGCUCCCGAAAGGCGCCUAUUGCUGUUCAUGUUGAUGAGAUCCGACCGGGUGGUGGCCAUUAGUGCAGCAAAGUUUUUCCACCUCAACCGGGCGACAUUCGGAGUGGCCAUGAAGACAGCGUUUUCUUACUUUACUCUGAUGCAGCGGUUUAUCGGGGAAGAUCGAGACCAAGGUCAUUAAUGAGGGGAUGUUUCUUAUUCUUGCAAUGGAGUUUGAUGCUAUUAGUUAGCUAUGACAGAAAAUUGAGUAUCCAACCAACAUGUAAAUGGUGAGUAGUCUUGAGUAGCCUUGUUGAAUAUAAACCCGAAACUGACUACAAUAGCUUCACUGAA